AUGGAAGAGUCGACAAAGCCUACAAAAAACUUCGCACAAAGCAAGGGGAAAGCAAACGCUACCGAGAAGCCCCCGAAGGCUUCUUUUGAUAAUCACGAUGUAGCGCCAUCACCUACACGCGCAGACUCCACCAUCAAGUCCUCUAGAAACAAGAUAAAGGCGACGACUGCUCAGCUAGAGGCCACAAGGGUGGCGUGCAACGAUCAAAAGCAAGCGACGCCCGUGCUAACAAAAGCUGCCACUACCACUUCAUCCAUAGGCCCUGCACCACGAUUAAAGAGAACUCAUGAGAAGAAACCCAAAAUGAACAGUUCAAAUCACGACUUAUCUACCAACAGUCCGAGUGGCAGGAACGUUGAUGAGCAUAAUGAUGCUAUCUGGGACGUUAACCUAGCACAUAGCGAGGAAAGACCUCAAAUUCUGAGGCAAUCACGCCAACCGGCGAAAACAGCAAAGAAGCAAGAGGUUCGCGUACCGAAGACCAAGAAAAACAAGGCUCAAACUCAGCUACAUUCCGAUAAGGCAAAAGCAGACAAGGCAACCAAAGCCCAGACCCAAGCCCCAAUAGCUCGUGUCGUGAAAGCGAAGCCUGCACCAGCUGCAUUGUCUCAGCCACGGACCCGGCGCGUUGCAGCUAUCAAGGCAAAUAGAAAAAUUCAGGGCCUCGACGAAUCUGACGAAAUCGUGGACGACGAGGAAAUCGUACCGACGCUUGCACGCAGCAAGCGACAAGGAUCUUCAGAUGCAGCAAAAGCGCCUAGAAAUCAUAAGAUCGGAGACGGCAGAGACGACCGAACAACAUCCGGCGGGAAGCUUCCUACCGCACAUAUUCUAGAAAGAGAUUCCAUUCCGGAUAGCGUCAGUCCUGACUCUUUAGACGAGCAAAUACCAGACUCAGUAUCAGACCCAAAGGCUGAUAGCAGCCCAGAGCAGAUUGAUCUCGUCAGAGACGCGCCCGCGGAAGCUUCACGAGCUGCUCCUGGUGAUACGAGGGACAAUUUGCAAAAGGAGAAACAGACUAGCGCUGCCGAGACUUCGAUGAUACUACCACACGCAGGACUCGGCGACCACUCAAAUCAGCGAAACUCUACUUCCGUGGAAGAAAUUGUCGAAGUGAGCGAAGCCAGCGCUAACUUAGUAAUAGACAAUAUUCCGCAGCAACAUGAAUCUGUCACCGAGACCGAUCCAGCUCCCGCUCGUCCUCAACAAGAUAACCAUGUCAAGCAAGGGCAUGAUGAUCUCGACGCUACAAAACCGGCGAACCCUGGGGACCAAGACCAAGUUGAACCCGUACUGCCCUACAAGGAUGAUGUGUCACUCGAAGUUAAUUCAAAAUCGGACAACAUUGAGAGAAAAGUCGCUCCCCCCUCAAGCCUCAUCAGCCCCACCAGCCCCAAUAGCUGUCGAAUCUCAACAGAGAAGGACUUCGCCGCGGUUGGCUGA